UUUCUUUGAAAAAAGUCGUAUGGAUUGAAACAGUUUUUCUCAGACCAAGGGUCUGAUUUUUGACGUGGAAACUGGAAACCGGUAUUAGAAUCAUAUAAAAAGGGAUACAAGAACAAAGAAAGUUAUUUUCUUAAUCCUCACAACUAUGAAAUGUAAAAUGAUCUGUUUCAGUGGAGCCGGUAAAAGUACAUUGAUGUCGGCAUUGGCCUAUAGGACGCGAGGUGGAAUGGAUAUUGAAGGAGAUAUUCUAAUCAACGGAAGACCAAUAGGAGAUUAUAUGAAAUUUUUGAGCGGUUACAUGCAUCAAGAUGACAUAUUUGUACCCUGCCUUACUGUCAGAGAACACAUGAAUAUAAUGGCUAACCUCAAGCUAGACAGGCGGAUCAAAAGUUCGGAGAAAAGAAGAAAAAUCUCCGAUCUGCUCAAACAACUUGGCUUGUCGAGUUGCAUAAAUAGUAGAAUAGGAGGUAUUGAUGAAAAUAAAGCCUUGUCCGGAGGAGAGAAAAAACGACUUGCCUUCGCCGUAGAG